CGCCCGUUUCGGGUUGAACCGAGAUCGCCAUACGCCUUCUGCCGCGAUCAGUUUGACCUGCUCCAGAGAAGAGCGAGGCUCAGCGCUGAUGAAGGCACCGGAGGUAGGCAGAUAAAUCAGAUUCGGUCUCUGGUUAUUGAUAACCUGGAUUUGUCAGCUCUGACAUCACAACCUCAGUUACGUGUAACGCGCACCCAGUGGCCUAAUAUCGUUACAGCAGGGGAAACAGCACAAAAAAGAGCCUGCAACGUGACAGGAAACAGGAUGUUCCCUAAAUAUUACCUUGGGAUGAAAAAGGAAGGGAUUCGAUGAUGGAUGGAAUUUGUUCAACUUUCUGCAGUGAGGGCCAUGUGAAGCAGCUGGAUGUGUACAGGACACUUCUGUUAGCAGCUUCUGACUGUCUGCUAAAGAAGGGGCUGUCUAAAUUGGUUACCUUUGCAGGGAGCACUUCAGUCCUGGACAAUAUUCCACCAUUCUUGCUGAUGACUCUACUUUAACCUUUUAUUUGAUGAAUUGAAUACCUUUAGCUGUCAUUUUUUUUUGUGAGAAAAAUGCUGGAAUUUUCACGACCGUGGAAAGGAGUGACAAAACCAGUCAACCAGCCCAACAGGAGCUGGGACCACAGCAUGCUGGGUAACAGGCCAUCAAGUCUGCUUUCCAGUGGGAUAAGCAAAGAGCACUGGGCUGAAGCAUCAGGUGACGGAGUUACACUCAAGGCUUACAGAGAGUUCCCUGCUGUACAAAGACAACUGAGCAACCAGGGGACAUCUCUGCUUUCAAAGCUGGAGGAAAAUAAAGGGAAAUGGUUCACUAUUUCCAGCAAUCAGAUUUCAGGAAGGGAUAAGACAAAGAAGGUCCCAGAAUAUGCCACAAUUUCCAAAGCGAUGUCUCUUGCUUCCAAAUACAACCGCACAGCCCUGCGGAGUGGCCUGUUUAACCAAGGAUCAACUGAUAAGGAUCCAGGUCGUCUACAACAGCUUCAUAACAAGCUGAGUUCUUACAGCAUGCUUGGAAUGCCGAAACUAUCUGCAAAUCUAAGCACCGAAUGGGAAGUGCGGAGGAAUGAUGAUUCCAAUGUAAAGCUGGAACCUUCUUGGAAAGACAUUGUGCAUGGUCACGAGAAUAUGAGCCGCAAACAGUCCCAUUUACAGGAAGCAGUGUGGGAAUUAAUCUACACAGAAGCGGCUUACCUCAAGAAGCUACGUAUUGUCACCGAUCUUUUUAUUAAUGGGAUUCUAAACCUCCAUACAUGUGAAAUUUUGACAGAGGUUCAACCACAUAGACUCUUCAGCAAUCUCCCGGAGAUCAUUCGUGCUCACAGAGCCUUCUGGGAGCAAAUCAUUUUGCCAGUACUGCUUGAAGCAAGGAAGAGCCGAAAGCCUUUUGACCCCCGAUGUCUACAGCCUGGCUUCAUGACAUUCUCUGAUAGGUUUUCCCCCUAUAUUCAAUACUGUGCUGCACAAGAGAAAUGCAUGGAAUACGCAAGGCAAGAAAUGGAGCAAAAUGAGUUGUUUCGGAUUUAUGUGGCAUGGGUGGAAACACACAAACAGUGCAAUCGAAUGCGCCUGAGUGACAUGCUUGCUCGCCCACAUCAGCGCAUCACCAAAUAUCCACUGCUGCUAAAGUCCAUUUUAAAGAGAGUGGAAGAAACUGAGACCAGGGAUGCCUUACAAAACAUGAUCAAUAAAGUUGAGGAAUUCUUGCAUCACAUCAACUCCAAGAUGCAACUCCACGAAGAGCACCAGAAAUUGGCUGCUGUGGCACAGAGAAUUGACAGUUACGAUGUAGUGGAAACCAUUGGGGAGGAGGUGGACAAGCACCUCAGAGAGUUCAGCACACUGGACCUGACAGCACCAAUGCAAGCAGUGGGAUCACAGCAUGUUCGGCAGCUGCUCCUGGAGGGAUACCUAAAGAUUCGGGAGGGCAAGGACAGCAAGACAGAGAUGUACACUUUCCUGUUCUCUGACCUUAUCCUCUUUACCAAACAUCAGAAGAAGACUGAUACGGCCAAGGUAACAAGGCCACCCUUAAUGAUUGAUCAAGCUGUUUGUCGCCAAUUGAAAGACCCAGCAAGCUUUCUUCUUAUUUACCUCAAUGAUUUUUGCUGUGCUGUUGCUGCCUAUGUAAUUCAAGCACAAGAUUCAAAAAUCUGCAAGCAGUGGAUUGAAGCUAUUCACAAUGCACAGAGGGAAUUGAUCAAGAUGAAAGGGGAAGAAUCUCGUCGAAAAGAGGCAGAGCAGCGUUUGGUUGUAAAGGAGCAGGGGGCUCAAGCAAAAGACUCAGAAGAAGGCAUUUCUCUAUAUAGACAAGUCCACAAAGCAUCUGAAAGCACAAGACAACAAGGAAGAAGCGACAGCCUCAUCAUCCCACAACUCCUGGUUACAAAUGACGAUGAGGAACUGCUGGCAGUGAAGAAUGGAAACACUGUAAUCCGCAACCAAUCAGAUGAUGCAGAUGAACCUGGGUCAGCAGAAACAGAACCUGGAGCUUUCCCUCGAAUAGUAAAUCACCGUAUUCGCCGCCAAAAACCUUUAAAAAGACCUAAUAGAAAGAUGGCUCUUCUAAGUAGCAGUGAAGCCUCAACUGAGUUGCCAAGUACCACAGGUACCUCACAGCAGGAUAUUCCCACAAUUGCAAAUUCUGACCAUUCUAAUCCUUCAUUAUUAUGUCCUCAGUUGACUUCAAGGUCUUUACAUGCAUUGUCUACCUCUAAUCCUGACCUGCCAUCAUCUGGAACUCACCUUUCAAUGCCUGAUAGGAUGCUGAGGACACAGAAGUGGUUGUCCAGCUCUGGUCUAGGCCAUUCAUCUUCGGACUUAUUUUUAAGGACUCAGCAGCAAAACACCAUUUCAGGUUCUCAAGAGGCAAUACUUUCAAUUCCUGAUUUUUCCCUUGGACAAAAAUCUUUGUCUGCUUCUGAGCUGGAGAACAAACUUAAUUCUUACCCACGCUCUAAGUCUUUAGCAGACACACUGCUUAGAGCUGAGGCCAUGGACAGAGACUGGGGAAGCCGGCAAGGCUCAGAAAAGGGCUUUUCCUUCAGCAUAGCUAUGUCAGCCUCAGACAAAGGAUGGAGUGAGGAUGAACUGUUCUCAGAUGGGGAAGAACUUGAAUUUGUCAAAGGCCAUGCCCAUUCUGGCACAGCAUUCAAGGCACAAUCCAUGGAUGGUGGGCUAGAAGAUGAUGAGGAAGAUGAAGCACCAUUUGAUGCUGAAGAGUUAGCACACAUAGAGAAACUGCAUAGUCGUAUAAGAGAGCAAUGUUCCCCGGUCUUUCUGGACUCCACUGACACACCCUGGAAUGAGUACAGGUCUUCAGAUCACUUGGAGAGUGACAACAUGGUCUUCCAAUAUAACUCGCAGGCAGAUGAUGAUGAUGAAGAAGGAGAGGACAACAUUCUUGGGAGUCGGGAAGGUGUUCAAAGAAGACUGACAAUAAGUGAAUUGCACAGAAUUAGGGGGAUUGAUGCCUCUGAAGACACAUUCACCCUGUGAGUAACUGGAUAAAAGCAUGAUGAAGAUUGGCUCCUUAUGGUGCUUUAAAUGGAGAACGUUCCCCUGUGAAGACUGUGGUUAAACCAGAGGAAAGCAGUUUUCCAUCAGUAAAUAAGAUUGUCCAUAUCGGAAUUUCCUACAUGAAGUGUGUCCUCUAGGAGCCUCUUCCAUUUCAAAGACUCCCUGAUAAUACUUGGAAUGACUGGAAGUCACACUAUCAGUGUUCUCCAGUAUGAGUGGAUUAUCUGAGACAUGUUCACAAAUGAUACUUUCAUUUUAAAUGAAAACAGACUGUGAGGAUUUUAAAGCUGGAUAUGCUGAUAAAGCUUCAUGGUGCAUCAGUGCCAGGAACGUGUCAUUGUGUGAAUGAAGUCUGGCAGCUGUGUCUCCACAGUUUCUUGUUUUUUUUUGCCACCACAGAUGUUUAUCGGAAUGCUUUAGUUUUUAUCAAGGCUUAUUAUCAGCUCUAUGACUCUCUGCAUGGAAUUGAUGUCUGUGAGAUGCAAAGACCAUUAAUAUUAAAUGGUUUAAAAUUUUUAAUUGUUUUCAUCUUUAUUGUAGUUAUUAUUUCCAUCAGUGCUUGAUUUGAGCAUUUUAUUUAUAAAUAAACAAACAUUGUUGCAGUGUGA